AUGAAUCAUAACGACAUGGAUAAACGAUUAGGAGGAAGAAUUAGAACUUCUAGUAGUUUGGUUACAGAAAAACGUCGCGGAAGAAUCUUAUCUUGCACAUGGAGACUCUUCUUUUUGCUGGCUUGUUGUGGUGGCGUGUUACUAGUUAGUGGAUCGGCCGGGGCGAGCACUACAUCAGAAGGGUCGGCCGGGGCGAGCGCUGCAUCAGAAGGGUCCGUCAAAGCGGAACCAGCUCAAGCACGCGAAAUAAAACCGGUCAAUGAAACGGAGAUUAUGGGCAUUCUACUAGGGUGUCAUGUGUCUGUUAUUGAUAGUCUUAGGACUACGGUCGACAAUAUUUGGAAAGCUAAACAGGAUGCCAAGAUAGCAUCGAGUCUUUCUAAAUCGGAGAUUAGCCAAAACUAUCCAUACUUGAAACUGGCCCCCACAAGGGCCGAUAAGGUGGCCUUCUGGAGUACCUGCAACGAGUCUUUGAGCGAGCACGGCGGCCAUGCCGAUAGCAAUGAUAAAGCUCUUCAUGAGUGUAUGAUGAAAGCCUAUUUGAACCAUCUAAACUUCGCGCUAGUUCCAGGCGAGUUUCAGAAGAAGAAGCCUAAGGAAGCUAAACAAGCAGCUAAACAAGCCUUGAUGGAUAUUGCUUUAGUUGCCAGGGAUUUCUCUGAUCUGUACAGUCCACAGGAUUCUACUUAUGCGAGCUUUUCUCCUGAGCGGUGCCUUAACAUGAUGGCAAUUGCUUUGGUUGGAUUGAAGGAGCUAAAAUUCAGUUCUACGUUCAUGGACGCAUCCAAUCUGGACUUUGAUCUUGCUGAUCUAUUUAGAAGAAAGUUUUUGAAUGGUGGGUUAUCAGAUGAUACAACUGCCAAAUUAAAGGACUUCUUUGUUAGUAUAGCACGUGAUAUAGGGAAAAUCAAGCCGUGGUGCUACACUGAGACACUCAUGACUCCAAGGCUUGCUCUGUACAUCAAGGAGUCAUAUGCACUUGAUAACAUGAUGGGAACUCUUAACCGAAUGCAAAUAGAAGCCAAUAUUCAGAUUAAACAGGUCUGUGAGGGAAAACAUCCUGCUGAUGAGCAAGACGAGCAAGUCAAAGCUGCCGCCGUUGAGUUAGGCACGCUUGGUUGCCCGAUCACCAAUUGCAGGAUAUUCCCGUUGAAGAACAUUAACGAUGUCGUGUUGCUAAAGACCAAGGAGGCCAACCUACUGACGUACACUAAAACAGUGGUUCUUAUACUAGAGACGUUAGAUGUCCCAGACAAGUUUCUGCUUAACUUACAUGAGAGGUUACAGGCAGACAUUCAUCUCAUCUUCGCUUCAUCAGUUGCAGCCAAUAAGGCCAAAGCUGAUGCCAUGAAGAAGAAGCAUCUUAAAAUCAAGAGCGGUGAGUAUUCGAGUUGGACGUUUUUAUCGGCAUUCCGGGUUCUAUUGGGCACUGGGCUUCAAAUAAUGCUAUGGAUGAUCUUCGUUUUCUACUUCCAGUAUCGACCGCUUAGCAUUGUAAUUGGGUGUGUGCUGUAUGUCACCUUAACCGUGGCUACUUUAUUAUUGAGUAAGCAUGAUAGCAAUUCACCGAGACAUAUCAAGAAUAUUUUGGUGGCUAUCAACAUUACUUCCAUUCUCAUUGGUCUGAUGGGCAUGUUUGGGUUUGGCAUUGCAGCAUACAACUCUGCCAUCCGGCCUGAAGAUAUACUUUAUCUUGGAGUCUGUUUGGGUGGUAUAGUGACCUGGGCCGCCAUGGGCGCGUUCGUGUUCUUGAAGAUAAAAGAGAAGGCCAAGGGCCCGGCAGUUGCCAAACAACUCUAUUAUCUAACUGCCAUCUUUAUUGUUGUGAUUAGUCUUGGCUUGCCGGUCUCGCGAUUAUUCUUAUCUCCAGUGACUUUUGCUCGGGUUGUUGAUUCGGGUAUUUUACUAGGCAUGGCAUUGGUCUUUAGUCUUUUUCAGACUUUGGGAGCUAUAUCGCAAAAAGACAAUGGUGAGAAUAGGGCGAGAAAUGUUGCCUUCCUUGUUGUUUUGGGUUCCUUGAUCGUUGGUUUGGUGGCUUGUGUUGUUUUAUAUGAACUGCCUACUCUUAACACCAGUCAUAUUGAUAUUGCUGUUCGCUCCUUCUUUAGAAGCCAAUGGACUUGGGUCCAAGAGACGGCCUCUGGGCUUAUAGAGACUGCCAAGAAAGCCAUUUACAAUUAG